AUGUUUUCAGACGACUGGGGGGACUUCGUUCAGACGCCCCCUCAGAUGAAUUCAUUUGUUCAGUUGGCAAUGCAGGACAGUCCUGAUAUUCCUUCCACAAUAUUGCCAAUUUACCCUUCUUUCAUGCCAAGAUCUCCAUCUCUCCCGACAUUUUUAUCGCAAGACCCCACAUCAACCCUCGAAUUUCUUGGCCUGGAGACUCCUUCAAACGAAAAGGAAGUAAUUGAUAAACGCGAGUGUCCAGAAAUUGAAAGUCGAACUAUCAUUAUUAAAAAUUUACCCGAAAAUGUUUCAUUGGAGUUUGUUAAAGGUUUUAUCCCAACAACAGUUCCUAUGAAAAGCGUUCAAAAAAUCCAAAAGAAAUACGUACUGAUCGAAUUUUUCGACUUGAGGCACGCUCAAUACUUCAGGCAUCAUUUGGAUAAGCAAAUGCUGACUGGUGUUCCUAUGGAAGUCAGGUAUUCACCGCCACCUCCAAAUUCUACCCCAAGUCAAAAACCGCCUAACAACGGCACGAUUGUACUAUUUCAUUUGGACCCUUCUAUUACAAACACACAACUUGAAAGCAUUUUCUGCAGCUUUGGGGAAAUUCGGCAAAUACGCGGAACGCCUUCAAAACCAUCGCAAAGGUUCAUAGAAUACUGGGAUACCAGAUGCGCUCAAACAGCGCUUAAAACUAUGAAUGGAAAAAUGCUUCUCGGAACAAAAAUUUCUAUUGAAUUUUCAAUACCUGGUGGAUUACGAAAGAACUUCACCAAACAAAGAUUUACAUAA